AUUGUAGUCUCCCUGAUCCCUUCUAGUUCUACCAGCAUAUGACCUCCCUGCAUCUGAAUGUAACCCUAAUACGAUAACGAUGAGGAAAUCACAAGGGACGUUAUUUAAAGUGAACUAAUCUCCACAACGACGGCUAGCGAAAGGUGAAAGGGCUCUCUAGUUCAUGAUCGUUCGUACAACAACAGCAGCACCAAAACACAACCACGCCGAGGGGCAGAAAAUUUUACCUUGCAAGCGGCAAUCUGCAGUUAUUGUUAUCAGCGACACAAUUACAGGAGACCAACUUCUGUUUUAAGAAUUGGCGAAUUCAGGGAAUUUCUGAUACCGAAAGGAUGGAUAUUGACAGAGGGGAUGUGAAUUGUACUGAUAAGGGGUUAUACGAGCUAUUAUUUUUGAGAAGGGUGUUGAGGGAGGAGUUGGGAAGUGAUUAUAGUCAUCAUAAUAACAUGUUGGUGGCUGCUGUACAUGCUGUUUUCCUGGAGGCUGGUUUUGUUGGGUUUGAUUUGAUGUCCGACGUGCAAGUCCAUCGUCUCUCAGAAGAUAAGUGGCCUUCAAAUGCUUUUACUAUAUCUCUUGGCUACAUUUUACCUGAACUUUUGGAUGAUAAGUCUAAAAAUAGCAUGACUGAAUCUGUUGAAUUAAAGUUCCAGAGAUUGGGGCAUUUUAUGAAUGUUUAUGGGUCUGGUGGAUCAGGGUUGGUCUAUCGUGUGUGUUUGAAUGUACGCAGAUUUCUGCGCACUAUGGAUUUGGUGUGGGCAUACCCUGGUAAGAAUGAUAAAUCCACUAGUUCCUAUCUUGAAAAAGAAGUACUUGAUUUCUGGAAGAUUGUCAAGGAUGGGCUUGCAUUGCCAUUGUUGAUACAACUCUGUGAUAAGAAUGGUUUGACUCUUCCAGCAUGCUUGAUGCGCCUCCCGACUGAGCUAAAGUUGAAGAUUUUGGACCUCCUUCCUGGAGUUGAUAUAGCCAGAAUGGGGUGUGUAUGUUCAGAGAUGCACUCUCUGUCCUCAUACAAUGAUUUAUGGAAGAAAAAAUCUAUGGAAGAAUUUGGAGUCUGCAUAGGAAUGCAGGUUUUGUUCCCAUGGAAAGAGAUAUUUGCUACCUUAUGGGUGAAUAGGAAGCAGAGACAGAAGAGAAGGCGGUCGAUGCCCAUCCCUGUUGAGCAUUGUGAACACGGUCGUAGAUUUCGAAGGAGACAGAAAUUGCGGCGCACAGGUCACGAAAUUAUUUUGCAUCCCACUCCUGCAACAUGAUUGCGUCGAGGGCUUCCAGCGGAUUACUUUGGAGGUAUCUUUAAAUAGGCAAUAUAUAUUAUGUCUGCAUUGCAAUGGUUAUGAGUUUUGUUCAAAGCUCUGGCUUUAAUGUGAUGCAGGCUUUAUGACCCGAACUAAGUAGUUGGUGUUUUGGUGGUUUAUGCAUGAGUUUUAACUUCUUUUGCUGGGUUGUAUAUUUGAUUUCUUCUGUACAUAUAUAGGAUUGAGUUUGUUUACUGGUUUGAACAUCAAGUUCCAGCUUUUAUUCUUGUCAUGCUUGUUAUUCUUAUAUGUGCCUGUUGAGUGAACUGUUGGUGUUGUAGUAAACUGCUGGAGUUCCAUCUGUGACAUUGAA